GUCCAUAGCCAGAGUCAGCAAGAAUGGCACUGAAGGAGUAUCAAGUUGUUGGCCGCAAGGUUCCAACUGAACAGGAACCUGUUCCCAAGUUGUUCCGCAUGCGUUUAUUCGCCGUUAAUGAAUCUGUUGCCAAGUCCCGUUACUGGUACUUCUUAAAGAUGAUUAACAAGGUCAAGAAGGCCACUGGUGAAAUUGUUGCCGUUAACCAAAUUCACGAGCCCAAGCCCCUUCAACCCAAGGUUUUCGGUAUCUGGAUCCGUUACGACUCCCGUUCCGGCACUCACAACAUGUACAAGGAAUUCCGCGACACCACCCGUGUUGGUGCUGUCGAGGCUAUGUACCAAGACAUGGCUGCUCGUCACCGUGCUCGCUUCCGCAGCAUCCGUAUCCUCAAGGUUGUUACCGUUGAGAACAAGGAAGAGGUUCGCCGUAGCUACGUCAAGCAACUCCUUGAUCCUAAGUUGAAGUUCCCUCUCCCUCACCGUCGUACUGGUACUCUCGGCUUGGCUGGCAAGAAGGUUUUUGCUCCUCACCGCCCUACCACUUUUUACUAAGGUUUAUGGUCUGUGUCGUUAGUAAAAAAAAUUUCUUUUCGAUUCCCUUCUUGUCUAUAAGAUUUAUGUCAUUGUAGCUUUUUUUGGUAGGUAACGAGAUUGUUGUAACGUGAAUAUCCAUCCGUAGUAUUUGUAGAAUUGCAGCUUGACAGACGCAAAAGCUUGUUUGAUAGUUUGAAUGUACACUGCAAGAAUAACAACUGUUGUCC